AUGAGCUCCAGAGGGCGCCCCCCUAUUAACCUUGAUGCUUUCCGUAUUCAAAUUGAACAAUGGAAGUAUCAUGACCGAAUGACUGCAGAUGAUAUUGUACGGCGUAUUUCGACUGAGUUUAAUAUUUCUACCUCUCGUAGAGUAUUAUAUCGAUAUCUUCAGACUUGGCAGUCAGAUCAGACAACAUCUAAUAUGACCCAGGCCCGAACGGAAGAUACUGAGGCAUUACGAAAUCGUAUUAAAGAGCUUUUCUUUGAAAAUGUUCUUAAGGAUAAAAAUAUCCUUUUCCAGUUACAAAAGGAAGGCUUCGUAGUAACUAAUAGGGGGCUGAUUAGAAUACGACGAAGCCUUGGCCUUUUACGGCAUCAGACCCCUGAGCAGAAAGAGGAGCAACUUAUUAAAUUGCGCCAUUUCUUUGAGAACGAUGCCUUACUAAAUACUAAGCUACAGUCAUUUGGUCGGACAUAUCUCUAUACCUAUAUUCGGCAAAAACAGCUAUCCUUAAGUCGACAGGCACUGUACGAAGCAUUUCGUGACUUUAUGCCUACGAACGUAACCGAUCGAUGGAAUACAAUGCAACACCGUCGAACUGGAUGGACAGCACCUGGGCCUGACUUUAUUUGGUCAAUUGAUGCUUAUGACAAGUUAAAGGCGUGGGGGAUUGAAAUAUAUGCAUCAAUUGAUGCAUACUCACGGUAUAUUACGUGGCUCAAAAGCACACAUAAUGAAAAGAUUGAGAGUUGGUGGCACCGACUUAGCGAUGGUCGAGCAAGGCAUUGGCGCGAGUAUUUUGGAAGAAUUACAGCUAAUGGGCGUUUCUCUGCUGAUUCUAUUCCGGAUCGAAUUGCUAUUCUAUAUCUUUUUAUGCCAAUUAUACGUACGGAACUCUCCGAAUUCGUAUAUAUAUGGAAUUCGCAUUAUAUUCGCAAACAGCGCAAUAGGCCACAUGUUCUUCCUGGUCAGCCUUGGGUCUUAUAUCAUCAGCCAGAGAUCCGCGAAACAAGGAGUUAUGCUCGUCCGAUACCAUUCGAUCGACUACGGCCUCUUAAGGAGCUUUUUAAACAUGAUAAUAUUGAUCUUGAUGCAUAUUUGCCCCAGGAUACAAUUACAGUAUGUAAAAAGAUUCUUGAAGGGCAGAUCUUUCCCCAAGAUACCCCUGAGAACCCAAAGCUCUCUAUAUACUUAUAUCUACGGGCACGAUUGGAAGCGUAUAUACUUAGCGGGGAACAGCCAGCUAUUGGUCUUCUAGAAACACCUAUAGGUGGGAUUAAUCGCGUACGGUCUCAUUUAGCUGCACAUGAUAUCGAUGUGCAGCUACUUAACCAAGAGACUCAGGGUGAUAUUAAUUGGGAUGAGAUUGAUCAUAGGGUUGAGAGCUAG